CCAGUAUAAUGUACAAUAAUAUCCAGUAUGUACCGGACCCCUGUGCUGAGCAGCAGAUAUGGGGGUUGUCUAUAUACUUCUCCUUAUACAAGGGAUCACUGUGGAAAUGGUUUUGUAUCAGCCCCAGAACAUUGUAUCUGUGAAAGUUAAUAGGACGGCAGUCAUCACUUGUGUGUCCAGUGAAUACUUAGAUGCCGGAUUAAAAAUUUCCUGGUAUCAUAGAAAAUGGGGAAGCAGUGAAGCCCCGGUACUGGUGAAGUCCUGCUACAGUGAUGACGAUCCACACAAAUAUGUCUGUAAGAAUGAGAAGUACAAGGCCUGGCUGGAGAUACAUAAUGUACAGAUCACUGACUCUGGAGUUUAUUACUGUAUGCUUACAUACAUUCCUUAUUUUCCAGAAUUUAGCAAUGGAACAAAGCUUAAUGUUGGAGAAAAGUCCACCUCCAGAAGCUACAUUCAUAUCCUUGGUCAUCUCCAGCCUCAGCAUCCUCACAGCUCUUUGUAUCUGGCUUGUGUAGUACUUGCAGCUCAUAAUACAGUCCAUCUGUACUGGAACAUCUCAGGAACAUAUCACAAGGGUCAGAUCAUCUCUAGAGAAGAACCAGAUGGUACAUGGACUGUAGUAAACUUUAUCUCACUUCCCAAGGACAACUCAAACCAUAAGGAGAAGGUGACUUGUGAAGUUUGGAUAAACUCAUCUCCUACCAGUGUCCAUUGGAUAAACUCACCUCCUACCAGUGUCUUAGGAAAAGGUGACCUCUAUGGAUAUUCUCCAUCAAAAUGUCAAAGCUUCCUCAGAACAUUGGUGAUUAUUGGGAUUUUACUGCUGUUGACCUUGACAAUUCUUCUCACUAGGACUCUCAACGGUAACACACAAACAAUUGAAAUAUGUUGAAUCAGUUCUGGUUAUGCAACAGUUUCCCUCUAAUGUGUCCACAAAUUCUAUAUAUUUUGUAGCCUUUUCUAAAUCUGUCAGUGUAUAUCUAUUACUUAUUGUAUGUCAGAUACUAAAACGUAAGUAUUAAAGUGCAAGAAUAAUAUGAUUGAGGUGAAUACAGUAGAUCAUGAAUAUAGAAGAACAAAAGUUUGAACCCAAUUGCCUUCACAAAAGGCCGCAUUUACUCAUUGAUCAUUUUUGAUCUUUGUGUACCACAUAUGGCUGCCCAUUUUUUUUUUAUUUCACAAUGGACAACUUUGUUGCAUAUUCUUCCUAUGAUGACUUUGCUCUGGAUUUAAAUACAUUUUAUGGCUAAUGUUUUGGAAAGUUGAAACCUAGAUGUGCUAUUUGGACAUAAUAUACAUUUAUUUAAGCCCAGAGUCAGUAAGGUGCACUA